AUUUGUCACGGAACAGGCUGUCAGAGCUCCCAGCAGAAGCAUGUCACUUUGUCUCCCUCGAGAGCCUUAAUUUGUACCAGAACUGCAUUCGAUGCAUCCCAGAGGCCAUUCUGAACUUACAGUCUUUAACAUUUCUAAAUAUCAGUCGAAACCAGCUCUCCACACUGCCAGUACACCUGUGUAGUCUGCCACUAAAAGUUUUGAUAGCCGGUAAUAAUAAGUUGGUUUCAAUACCUGAAGAGAUUGGACAGCUCAGACAGCUGACAGAGCUUGAUGUGAGCUGUAAUGAAAUACAGACAAUACCUCCCCAAAUUGGCAAUCUGGAGUGCUUGCGUGACCUAAAUGUCAGAAGAAAUAAUUUGGUGCGUUUACCUGAAGAGCUUGCUGAGUUGCCUUUGAUUCGGUUAGAUAUCUCCUGCAAUAAAAUAACAACAAUCCCCGUUUGUUACCGGAACCUCAGACAUCUGCAGACCAUCAUGUUAGAGAACAACCCCCUCCAGUCACCCCCUGCACAGAUAUGUAUAAAAGGAAAAAUUCACAUAUUUAAAUACCUAAACAUAGAAGCAUGCAAGAUAGCUCCAGAUUUGCCUGAUUAUGAUAGGAGACCCAUGGGGUUUGGAUCCUGCCAUGAAGAACUUUAUUCCAGUCGUCCGUAUGGAGCACUAGAUUCUGGCUUCAAUAGCGUGGACAGUGGAGACAAAAGAUGGUCAGGGAAUGAACCUACAGACGAGUUCUCCGACCUCCCUUUGCGUGUGGCAGAGAUCACUAAGGAACAGCGACUGCGAAGAGAGAGUCAAUAUCAAGAAAACAGAGGUAGCACAGUCGUAACUAAUGGUGGAGUGGAACAUGACCUCGAUCAGAUCGAUUAUAUUGACAGCUGCGCCACAGAAGAGGAGGAGGAAGAGGUGAGGCAACCCAAGUGCAUGGACGCAGACAGCCUCAGCUCACAAUUCGUGGCAUAUAUUGACCAGCGGCGAAUCUCUAACGAGGGUUCGCCUGUAAAGCCUGUAGCCGUCAGAGAAUUUCAGAGAACAGAGGAUACAAGGCGAUGCUUACAUCAAAAUAGGCCCUUGGCUGAUUCACCUUACUUUCUCUCUCUAUCAAGUCACCACAGUCAGGUGCCUAAUCCAGACUCUGAGCUGCACCACAGACACAUAGAGCGUACCCGUCGGGAAGCCCAGCUAGCAGCACUUCAAUACGAGGAAGAGAGGAUGAGAACGAAACAGAUCCAGAGAGAAGCUGUCCUUGACUUUGUUAAACAAAAAGCAUCGUUAAGUCCUCAGAAGCAAAGUCCUCAGAAGCAAAGUCCUUUGGAUGGUGAGUGUCCCUUUCCAUCCAGAAGGUCUCAGCAUACUGAUGAUAGUGCCUUGUUAGUGUCACUCUCAAGGUUGAGUCAAGAAGGCUGUGCUCCUACCCUGCCUAAUGCCUCUACCUUCAGACCUGUCAAGAGUGAUGACAGAUCGACCAUCUCUCCCAGCUCACCUACCACUCAGACAGCCCACCUUUCCCCUCCAUAUCCUGGCCCUGCAGCCCCGCCUUCCUAUAGAAACCCUCCCCAGCGACCUGAGAGUUUCCUUUUCCGAGCAGCUGUCAGGGAUGAAGCAAAGAAAGUUGUUACUUCAUCUUCCACCUGUGCCUUGUCUCCUGCUAAUGAUUCUGCAGACCCCAGAGCAAGACAAUACUCCAAACAGCGAGAGGAAGAGCUGGAGCUGAUAGAGCAGCUGCGUAAGAACAUUGAAUCACGCUUGAAGGUGUCGUUGCCCAGUGAUCUUGGAGCAGCCCUCACCGACGGUGUCGUUCUGUGCCACUUAGCUAAUCACGUGCGUCCUCGGUCUGUUCCCAGCAUUCACGUCCCUUCCCCUGCUGUGCCUAAACUUACAAUGGCAAAAUGCAGACGAAACGUGGAGAAUUUUUUGGACGCUUGCAGAAGGAUUGGAGUGCCUCAGGACAAUCUUUGUUCCCCUUCUGACAUUCUUCAGCUAAACCUCAGCGUUAAAAGAACAGUUGAGACUCUUCUUUCCCUGGGGACAGAUUCAGAAGAAUCCACCCUUGUCUCCCUUUCCAUUCAGCUUUGGGGCUUUGUGGUGUUUUACUGUACUCUAAUGCUAACACUCUGUAUGUUCUAUCGCUGGGUCUUUUUCCUCUAGCUGAAAGAUGGUUUUGCUUCUCCCUCCCUCCGUCACUCCAGUGCUUGGUAAAGGAUUUUGGUUUGUGUCAAGACUGUGUGUAUGAAGUGCUUUCUUUUCCACGUAGGGGACAGAGGUGACAGGUACAGUGCGUAAAUAUGUUGUUACAUCCGUGUA